AUGCACAUUAUGACAAGUAUCAAACGACAUGCUUAUCUAUAUUCGUUUAAACUUUUUAUCUUUCAUGUAUGUUGAUGCAGUCAACUGUGUGGCGGCGCUGAGGUACCGCUUAGAAACCGAAACACAAGACAGCUAGCGAGAUCAUGACGAGUGGCGGUGCCGCAGAGGCAGUCGACGUCGAUUUCCUCAGCCGUUACACGUAGCGAGCCGACGUGUCAUCGUGUCUGGCAGAAGCGGUGGAACACUCCCGUGAUGACCAAGGGCAGCAUCUUCGUGACCGGAGGCGCCGGCUACGUCGGUAGCCACACCGUCCUAGAGUUGCUCAACGCCGGCUACGAUGUUGUCGUCAUGGACAAUUACCACAACGCUCAUCCGGAUAAGACAGGUAAAAUGCCCGAGAGCUUACGAAGGGUUCAGGAGUUGACCGGGAAGACUGUGACAUUCUACAAAGCUGACCUGAAUGACCAGAAUUCCAUAGACAACAUCUUCAAGAAGCAUCACUUCGACUGCGUCAUCCACUUCGCAGCGCUCAAGGCUGUCGGGGAGUCGUGGCAAAUCCCGCUCGACUACUACCGCACCAACCUCGGCGGGACCGUGAACCUGCUUGACGUGAUGAGGAGUCAUGAUGUCAAGAAAAUCGUGUUUUCGAGCUCGUGCACAGUCUACGGCGUGCCCCAGUACCUGCCCAUCGACGAGAACCACCCGACGGGUCAGUCCUGCACCAACCCUUACGGACGCACCAAGUACUUUAUUGAGGAAAUGCUCAAGGAUCUCAGUGCUUCCGAGAAGGGCUGGUCGAUAGUGCUGCUCCGAUACUUCAAUCCAGUAGGCGCCCACGAAUCUGGCUACAUCGGCGAAGACCCCCAAGGUAUACCCAACAACCUCAUGCCUUACCUCUCACAAGUGGCUAUCGGCCGUCGGCCAGAGCUGUCCGUCUUUGGCAACGACUUCGGCACCCGCGACGGCACAGGUGUUCGCGACUAUGUCCAUGUGGUUGACCUUGCCAAAGGUCAUGUGGCAACACUGGAAAAGGUCAUGGCCGGAGAGAUCCAUGGUUGCAAGCCCUUCAACCUGGGCACAGGUCAGGGUUCCACGGUGCUGGAGGUGAUAGCUGCGUUUGAGCAAGCGUCCGGCACGAAGAUUCCAUACAAGAUAGUCGACCGACGACAGGGCGACGUCGCCGAGCUGUACGCGAUUCCGGACCGUGCCGAGGAGGAGCUUGGCUGGAAGGCUGAGAAGUCACUCUAUGACAUGUGCAAGGACAUGUGGAACUGGCAAAAGAAGAACCCCAACGGUUUUCUAGAAACGACAAACUAGCUUGUGGGUGAACGGCAGUGCGUGCCUUGCACUUGGCCUGUUUACUUUUUUUCUUCUCCGAGCUUAUAACUUUUUUUUGUUCUCAGUUGGAUGUUGAGUGUAGUCAGGGUUGUGCCGCGACCUUUCGUUGACGAACCUCGAGAAAAGGUCGCGAGAAAGAAAAGCAAUCGAAAGAACACUAGUCUCAUCUCAAAAAACCAUUUUUGCUGGUUGUGUUGUUCCCAGUUAUGGUCAGACCACGUUGCAUGAAACUUCGAGCUUUUCUCUUUUCAUUGUUGUUAUUUUCUCUGCACUACUGAGCCCAAACAAUUCUCUGAAGUCUUGCACCUAGUCAGAGCAUAUCAAGUUGUCCAUCUAGUCUCUUCAUUUGUGCCAAAGACUCUGGAGUAGCGAUGCAGCUUGAUGUUUGCCGUUCACUGUCAUAUCAACGUGUGACAGUAACUAAAGAAAGCACCACUUCAAAACUUUUUGCUAUAUUUGAUUGUUUAUCAGCCUGCCGUUAAUGGUAACCGCAAGACCGUCCAAGGAAUCAUUCUUUCCAAAUGGUUUUUGUGCUCGACAGCAUCAGAAUUUCGCAUAAGCUCCUAUUUUUUGUUGUUGUUUAUUCAAGACGGCACGAUUAUAUUUUGUGGUGGUUGCCACCACAGGAUGGCAAGAACAAUAAAAAAAAGUUUAUGUCCAGUCAUCAGAGCACAUUAAUGUCCGUUCUUGAAUAUAACUGUUAUGAUGCAAUGAUGGUGUUGAACAUAAAAUCAUGAAAAGAGUGAUUCCUUGGAGAAUCCACCAGAGAGCUUGAAUGGCAUUGUAGCUCUGAAUUUGCAGUCACUGUUGUCUCGAUACACAACUUAAAAAUAUAGAUUGCAGGUUUAUUUUGGUGUAAUUUUUGCCUGCAGUUGCUAUUGUCUCGAUACAGAACUGGAAAAGCACUACUGCAGGUUUGUUUUGUUAUUUUUUUUGCCUGUUUAUCAGUUCUCUACACUUGUUGCUGAAGAAUGUUAAGGAUUGCUGCGGAAAUCAUGCUUCUUAUGGAUGGAUAUUUUGCUUAAUAGUGUCAACAUUUCGCAACAGUUGUUUUCAAAGAGGCAUUAUUGUGCAUUGGCGUUUUGAAUGCAAACCUCUUUCCAGUCGUCGUUUUUAUUGUUUUUGCCAUUUUAAGGCACAGCGCCCCUGCAUGUACGGCGUACUAUAUACAAAGGCAAAAAGUACUGUUUUAUGCGUUGUUCUGUUUACUGCAUUUCUCAUGCCGAUAUAUAGCCUGGAAAAGUUCCUUUCUUCUGGAGCAAGCUUUUAUGAUCUUCAAGAUGCAGUGCUUUUUCUACAGAGUAUUUUAUAGAUCAACACAGACACUUUCUAUAACAUUUUCUAUUUCGUAAUAAAGUAUUUUUACUCGUACAAGCAAA